AAAUGAGAACAUGAUACAUAUUGAGUGGGCGAAGGGGAAGUGAAUUGUGUGUGUGUAUAUAUAUUGUGACCCGGAUGGCAGACAACAGCAUGAAUCUCUCACUGGAGGAGUCAGUAUGAAGCUGUCAUCUGUUGUCAAAGCUUUAGGAUCUCUAUGUCUGCUGCUUGCAGAUGGCUUUCCAGUUUCUGAGGAUGAAUCUCCCAAGAUCAUUGGGCCGCAUCGUGUCCAGAUAAAAGCUCGUCCAGGAGAGCAGCUGUUUCUUCACUGUGAAGCAUUUGCAAAUUGUGAAGCUGAUCAGACAGUCAUCUACUGGCUCAUCAAUGGUUCUUUCCCUGAAGAUACGCCCAGCAGUGGCAGAAUAGUCGAAUCAGAGGAAUUCACUUUGGAGGAUGGUGCCAUCAUACAGAGGAGUUUGCUGUUGAAGAAUGUCACAUCAGAGGACCUCAAAUCUAUCUUUACUUGUGUUGUGACAAAUGCUGUUGGAACAGUCCAAAAGUACACAACCUUAGCAGCAAUGCGUAACGAUUGCAAAGUUGGGAAAAAAAAGGCAACACUGAAUGUUAUUGCAGUUAAAAAAAAAAACUGAAAUUCUCUGAGCCAUGUAUUGCUUACAAGCUAACUCAUAUUUGAUGUGACUUUACAUUUAUGUUAUACUGCUGGAUGCAAAAACUAUGCUGAAAAACAGCCCAAAUUUACAAAACUUCAGGUGCAUGUGGUUCUACAGGGAGCUGCCCCUCAGUGAGACCAAGAGUGGUACAAUGUAAAACACAACUCCUUCUGAUCCACUGGGAUCCGCAGUGCUGUUAAACAACUCCUGGCAGAAAUUUAAUGCAGCGGUGAUAAAGUCCAGGGGCAGCAUUUCAUGUGGAACUGACUUGUCCCUUUGUCUAAAUUACUUUUAGAUGCCUCUACAAUACAAAGAAACUGUCUUUUGGCUGCAGAAUACAGAGAUAGCAUAACAUGUAAUUGCUAAGCUUUUUUUGCACAUACUUGUGUAUUACUCUAGCGUCUGUGUUUGCUGGUGAUAAGCCAUCUAAAAUAUACUCCAUAGUAAGACAAAGUCGAAUCACGGUGCUGAUGGAUCCUUGUUGUGAUUUCCUUAGAGUUGAAUUGUUUCAUUUAUUUCAAACAGGUGACUUUUCACCAAAUACUUUGCAGGAUAAAUAUUAACAGAA